GCAAAAGUAUUUAACGCAUGCGCUGUGCGUAUCAUAACAUAAACCACGUGUUUAUUAUUAAAUGCUUUUAACCGUAAAUUAAAAAAAAAAACAAUCAAUUGUUUGAAUCCAAAUAAUUGUCACCAAAACAACUGAUCCCACAAUAACAGUGGUCACUGAUGAUGACAAUGGCCACUAACGAUGAUAAUGAUGAUAAACAUAUUGAUGACGGUGACGAUGGUAGUGAUGAUGACCAGAUUCUAGAGUUCAAUCAAAUGGGUCUCGACUCGAGACUGUUGCGGGCCAUCGAUGGCCAGGGAUGGCACACACCGACACUGAUCCAGGAAAAGGCUAUACCGCUGGCACUCGAAGGCAACGACAUACUGGCCAAAGCCCGUACCGGUACCGGAAAGACGGCUGCCUUUGCACUGCCCAUACUUAACGGAUUGUUGGCCAUUAAAGAUCGUUUGAGUGGUGGCGGCGGCGGUGGAAUCGCCGUCGAUGACGACAACGAUGUCAAUGGACGACAAAUCCGUGCUCUGGUGUUGUGUCCAACUAAAGAACUGUCUCAUCAAAUCACUGAACAUUUCAAACAAUUGACAACCUAUUGUUCGCGUGAGAUCACCGUUAUGGACAUCGGAUCGGGUCGUGUCGAAGAUCUUCGGGCUAUUAUGACAGCCGAAACGCCAGACAUUGUUGUGGGAACACCCAGUCGUGUCCUUAAGCAUAUCGAAGCCAAACAUUUGCCAAAUCUAAAGGAUCAGCUAAAGUAUUUGGUAAUCGACGAAUCGGAUCUGAUGUUUUCAUUUGGUUACGAACAAGAUUUGACAAAAGUAUUGAACGAAUCGCUACCGAAAAUCGGUUGCCAAUCGUUUCUGACAUCGGCUACACUGAGCACUGAUGUCAAGACACUGAAAAAACUAUGUCUACACAAUCCGGUAGUACUGAAACUGGAAGAACCAGAACUACCGCAAAGUGAUCGACUGAUUCAGUAUCACAUUGAAUGCGACGAAGAAGAUAAGUUUGUUUUGAUAACAUCGUUGUUCAAGUUGGGCCUAAUUCGUGGCAAAACUAUUAUAUUUGUCCGAUCGGUUGAUAGAUGUUUUAAAUUGAAACUAUUUCUGGAACAGUUCGGUAUCCGAUCGUGUCUAUUGAAUAGCGAACUACCCGUUACCAGUCGAUGUCAUGUUGUCCAGCAAUUCAAUUCGGGUGUCUACGAUAUUAUCAUUGCCAGCGAUGAGAAGUGCUGUGCGGAUGCCGCCCAACGCAAGAAGACUACCACAAGAGCCAACAAGAAACCGUCGAGAAAGACGCGCAAACAAGACGAAGAGUACGGCGUUUCGCGCGGUAUUGACUUCAAGUACGUGUCGAAUGUCAUCAACUUUGACUUUCCCACAACUGUCGAAUCGUAUACACAUCGUGUAGGCCGAGUGGCCAGAGGUCAGGAUUCGGAAACUGGAACCGUAUUAUCGUUGAUCAAUACCCAAGAGAAACCCUACUUUGAUUUGGUUCGGUCGACAUUUAACGAUAGCGGCGGCGCCAACUUUAAGCCCUAUCAGUUCAAAAUGGAAGAGUUGGAAGCGUUUAAAUAUCGGACAAAAGAUGCACUGAGAGCUGUAACCACUAUUGCCAUACGCGAGGCCCGACUCAAAGAGAUCAAACGCGAGAUGUUAGCCUCGCAGACAUUGAAAAGCUAUUUCGAUGCCAAUCCCAAGGAUCAUAAAGUGUUGAAACACGACCGAGCUCUGCAUACUGUCAAACAAAAGAUGCAUUUACGGGAUGUUCCCGACUAUAUCGUACCGCCGACACUCAGAUCGAUGGUCAGAUCGAAACCGAAGUCGAAUAGGGCUCUGGAAGAAGAGGCGAGUCUUAGUUAUACACCGAAACGUAAACGAAAGCCCAAACACGUUAGAAAUAAAGAGAUGAUGAAAGAUAACGAUCCGCUCAAGACGUUUAGGUUGAAGUCGAUUAAGUCGAAAAAGAAACUAAAGAAUCGUAGAAAAUGAUUAUCAAAAAUAAUAAUUAUUUAAGAAAAAGUUUAUUUUAU